AUCUAGUCUUAGAUAAAAUCUACUCGUUAGUUUAGUAGAGAUUCAUUAUCGUGUCGAAUCUUAAAUUAGUCUGAGUUUAAUUACCCCAGCGUCUUAACAUGGAAGCCAUACACACUCAUUCGUCGAUGAAACGUACACUACUCAGCAUUUGAAAGUAGACCACUACUACCACCUUGUUGGAUUCGACUAUAAUGUUGCAGCCGGGAAAGACCUUGCACUCCUCAUCCUCACAGAGAAGAUCAGCUUCGACGAAUACAGGAUGCCACUGACCCCCUGUGAAGGGGAGUGGGGGGAGAAUAAAUAUGAUUAUAUGGUAUGGGCCGUGGGAAUGGGCGUCGUAAACGACUCUGGAAAGUGGCCGGACAAAUUGAUGGUAGUGCAGCUGAAUGAGGUUCCUGAGAGUGUGUGCAGGAACUUAUACUGGAGAUUCUCGAGCAACUACCCACCCCAAGGCAGUGAGAUCUGCCAUGAUGACCUGGCCAAAAAUACAGACACAUGUGAAGGUGAUGACGGAGGUCCUCUUUUCCUAGUCAGUCCAGACACUAUGAGUGCCGUUUGCCUGUACGGUGUUGUCAGUUUCGGGGUGGCAGGGAAGGGGUGCGGUCAUCCCGAAAUCCCAACAGUAGCUGCCCGAGUAUCAUCCUAUAUUGACAUGUUUAACCUUAAAGAAGACGAGAACAGUAGUUUCACCAGACGGGUGGACAGAAAAGGUGUUCUGCGUGAUGAGAUAGAGGUCAUUUAUGAGAAAAAUUAUAAAAACGAAGAGAGAAGGGUUUCAGUUGCCAGUAAGACAUCAAAGAUGUUUACCACAUGUUUAAUCGGCAUUGUAUUAAAUCUCAUUAUUUUUUUUUGAAUCGCUCAUUGUACCUAUCAUUUUUGGACAUUACAAUAUACCACUAUUGAGAUUCAUCCGUCAUUCUUAUUGCUUGGCAGGGUGCUCUAUGAAAUGUAUUUCAAUGUAAUUAAAUGUAUCUAUAUAUAUGAUAGCU